AUGUUUGAAGUUAGCAGAGACUGGUUCAUGAGGUUUAAGGAAAGAAGCUGUCUCCAUACCAUCAAAGUGCAAGGUGAAGCAGCAGCUGCUGAUGUAGAAACUGCAGUAAGUUAUCCAGGAGAUCUAGCUAAGGGAUCCUUAUCAUUUGAGGAUGUAACUGUGGGCUUCACUCAGGAGGAAUGGCAGAAGCUGGACCCUGCUCAGAGGACCCUGUACAGGGAUGUGAUGCUGGAGAACUAUAGUCACCUCAUCUCAGUGGGGUAUUGCAUCCCUAAACCAGAACUGAUCUUCAAGUUGGAACAAGGAGAGCAGCCAUGGGUAUUAGAGGCAGAGUCUCCAAGCCAGAGCUACCCAGAAGUCUGCAUGAUUGUUAACCAGCUGGAACAGAGUCAGGAAAUGCACAACAGACAUUUCUGGCAAGCUCCAUUUAUCAACAACAAAACACUGACUAUAGAGAGAAAUAAUGUAUUAGGAAAAAUCUUUAAUUUCAGCACAUACCCAGUUUCUUUCAUAAAAAUACCCUGUAAAUGUGACACAAGUGGGAUGAAUUUGAAAUAUAUUUCAGAAUUAAUUAUUGAGAAAAACUAUUUAAGAAAGAAGUCUGAUGAUCUCAGUGCAUGAAACUUAUUCCUUCAUGUUAACCAUGUAAAAGCUCAUGUAAGAGAGAAACCUUAUGAAUUAAUUAGGAAUAGAAAGUAUGUCAGUCAAAAUGAAGACUUCUUUCCAUAUGAGAAAAUUAAACAUGUAGAGCAGUCUUUUGAAUAUAAAGAAUGUGGUGAAAAUUUCUGUGAGAAGACAGUUUUCAUCACAUAUAAACAAGCUCACAAAAGACAAGGUCCUUGUGAACAUAAUGAAUGUGACAAAACAUUCUGUAAUUAUUCAAUUCUCAUGGUCCAUAAGAUAAGAGAAAGUCUUUAUGAGUUUAAUGAAUAUGGCAAAACCUUUGAAAAGGUAUCUCUCUUGAAACAUUUGAAGCUGAAAGAUUAUGAACAUAAUGGCAAAGUGGAUAAUUUCAGCAGAUCAAACUUUCUUGACACAGGAGAGAGAACAUUUGAAUGUAACAACCUGGGGGAACCUUUCUGGAAGUCAGUUCUUAAUGUAACUCAGAAAACGUGCAUAGGAGAAAAAGUCUAUGAAUGUAAUGAAUGUGAAAAAGCAUUCUGUGAAAAGUCAAAACUCACCAAACAUCAGAGAGUACAUACAGGAGAGAAACCUUUUGAAUGUAAUGAAUGUGGGAAAUGCUUCUCUAGGAAAUCCCUUCUCACUUUACAUCAGAGAAUCCACACUGGAGAGAAACCCUAUGAAUGUAAUGUAUGUGGGAAAUCCUUCUCUAGGAAUUCACACCUCAUAAUUCAUCAGAGAACUCACACAGGAGAGAAACCCUAUGAAUGUAAAGAAUGUGGAAAAAGCUUCUACCAUAAGUCAUAUCUCACAGUACCCCAGAGAAUUCACACAGGGGAGAAACCGUAUGAAUGUAGUGAAUGUGGGAAAACCUUCAUAAGCAACUCAGUUCUUACAAUACAUCAGAAAACACACACAGGUGAGAAAUCCUAUAAGUGUAAUCAGUGUGGGAAAUUCUUCUCCAGGAAUUCAUACCUCACAAUACAUCAGAGAACUCACACAGGUGAGAAACCAUAUGAAUGUAAUGAGUAUGGGAAAACCUUCAGUCACAAUUCAGGCCUAAAAGUACACCAGAGAACACACACAAAGGAGAAACCCUAUGAAUAUAAUGAAUGUGGGAAAUCAUUCUCUGAGAAAUCGGUCCUCAUGGUACAUCAGAGAAUACAUACCGGGGAGAAACCUUACAAGUGUAGUGAAUGUGGAAAAACCUUUUACAAUAAGUCAGAUCUCACUAAACACCAGAGAACUCACACAGGUGAGAAACCCUAUGAAUGUAAGGAAUGUGGGAAAUUCUUCUCUAGAAAUUCAUAUCUUACAGUUCACCAGAGAACUCACACAGGGGAGAAACCCUAUGUGUGUAAAAAAUGUGGGAAAACCUACUAUAAGUCUGACUAUAUGGUACAUAAGAGAACACGCAGAGGGGAGAAGUCUUAUUACUGUGAUCAGUGUGGGAAAACCUUCACCUGCAAUUCGGUCCUCAGAUCACAUCAGAGAACUCACACAGGGGAGAAGCCCUAUGAAUGCAACGAUUGUGGGAAAUCUUUCUCUGAAAAAUCAGUCCUUAUUGUACAUCAGAGAAUACACACAGGGGAAAAACCUUAUAAGUGUAAUGAAUGUGGGAAGCCCUUCUAUCAUAAGUCAGAUCUCACUAAACAUCAGAGAACAAACACAGGGGAAAAACCCUAUGAAUGUAGUCAUUGUCAGAAAACCUUCAGUUGCAACUCAGGUCUCAAAGUACAUCAGAGAAAGCACAUAAGGGAGAAAGCCUAUGAAUGUACUGAAUUUGGGGAAACCUCCAAUAAAUCAGUUCUCACAAAGUACUUCUUUGGUGAAGCCUCAGUACCCAUUCAGUUUGCUGUAAUAAUCUGUAAGCAGAACAGCAAUACAGUGCUGGGCCUUGAUUCCAGUAAUGUCAGGGAAUAUGUUGAGAAGUGCUUUGUCAUCAAGGAACAGGUGACCCAGCAGUGGAAUGCAGGUCCACUUCUUGUGUCGGUGGUGAUGGCAGAUGCCUUCUUGUGGCAUGUGAAGAAGGUAUUUGAGGAGGAGGUGGUGUAA